UUGUUGUGGCUAAGAUGGCGGUGGCUGUGAGAAGUUUGCAAGAUCAGCUCGAGAAAGCAAAAGAAAGCUUGAAAAAUGUUGACGAAAAUAUCCGCAAAUUAACUGGCAGAGACCCAAAUGAACUCAGACCUGGCCAAGCCAGGCGACUGACUGUUCCAGGCCCCGGUGGAGGUAGGGGGCGUGGCAUCAACUUGUUGAGGCGUGGACUCUCUGACUCUGGUGGAGGACCUCCAGCUAAGCAAAGGGAUAUUGAAGGAGCACUUCUGCGACUGGCUGGAGACCAGAGAGCAAGGAGAGAUUCACGCCAUGACAGUGACGCUGAGGAUGAUGACGAUGUCAAAAAACCAGCGUUGCAGUCAUCCGUCGUUGCUACCUCCAAAGAGCGUACACGUCGAGAUCUGAUUCAGGAUCAGACCAUGGAUGAGCGAGGAAAGCAAAGAAAUCGACGCAUGUUUGGCCUGUUGAUGGGAACGUUACAGAAAUUUAAACAAGAAUCUAAUGUCGCUAACGACAGGCAAAAAAGACGGCAGGAGAUUGAGCAGAAAUUGGAAGUGCAAGCUGAGCAAGAACGUAAGAAAGUGGAGAGCGAGAGACGAGAGCUCUUUGAAGAGAGACGAGCAAAACAGACUGAGCUGAGGCUUCUGGAGCAGAAAGUGGAACUUGCCCAGUUGCAAGAGGAGUGGAAUGCACACAAUGCAAAGAUAGUCAAGUUCAUUCGUACAAAGACUAAGCCACCCAUCUUUUACGUGCCUGGUAAAAUGUGCUCUGCAACCCAGAAGCUGUUAGAGGAAUCUCAGAAAAAAAUGAAUGGCAUGUUUGAGGAGAGGCGUAAGGCUUUUGCCGAGCAGCUCAACAAGAUGGAGGCUCGGCCGCGGCGCCAGUCCCAGAGGGCUGGCGACCGGGAACAGGACGAGCGCACCCAGGAGGAAGGCGUGAAGAAAGAAGAGCAAGAGGAGGGUAAGCCGGGUCAGGUAGUGGAGGUGACGGGUAACCGCCACAAUGUGGAGAUGGAGGAGGAUGAUGAGGAGGAAGAGGAUAAGGAGGAAGAUGAGGAGAUGGAGGAAGGGGAAGAGAAAGAGAAGAAGCCUAAGGGUAGAGCAGGGCACCGGCAGGACAAGGAGUCAGGUGAGAAAGGGCAGGGGGAUGAGAAGAGGAAGAGGGUAGAGGAUAAGGAUGAGGAGGACGAGUCUGAGGAGGAGGUGGAGGCCAGGGUAGCAGAGGAGCAGAUGGAGGUAGUCGAGGUGGAGAAGAGGAAGGAAGAGGAGGAAGCAGGUAAGGUGGAUCAUACUAUGGAGGAGAGCCCAGAGGCAGAGGUGAUUGCAGAGGAGGUAGGUAGCCAGAGUAGGCAGGACAAGGAGGACGGGGAGGGUAAGGGCCCCCAGCAGCAGGAGCCGUUGACGACCGAGCCCCAAACCCCAGAAAAUGGCAUGGAAGGCCAGCCGGCUGACGCCAAAGAUCCACCACAGUUGGCUCCCCAGCCCCAGUUCCCCAAACUGCAGCACUUGGCGGUACCGUUCUUGCUGGUCCUAUUACCGCUGCACCCCUCGACACCCCCAUUGAACCGUCCACACAGGGAACAACCUGCCGCCCUCCCGUCUCCUACAAAGGACGCGCCAAAAGAGGCCAGCACGGACGGCCAGCCCGAGGCAAUCCGGGACCGCGGCCGCGCCAAGGGCCAGGACAAAGACAAGAAGAGCAAGAGCCGGGGCGGCAGCAGCAGCUCCUCGUCCUCGAGCAGCUCUGGCAGCACUUCGUCCAGCGGGAGCAGCUCCUCGUCUAGCGGGUCCAGCUCCCACAGCAGCUCCAGCGGCAGCUCGUCCAGCUCUUCCAGCUCCUCCAGCAGGAGCCGUAGCCGGGGCAGGGACGGCCACGGCCACAACCGUGACCGCAAGCGCCGGAGGAGGCCCUCCGACCGGGAGAGGAAGAAGGGAGGCGACCGUAGCCACAAGUCCUCCAAGAGUGGUGCCGCUAGUGGCCGGGACGGAAAAGGAUCUAAGGAUAAGUCGGACCGGAAGAGAACCGGCUCAGAGGGAAGCCGGUCAGGGAAGAGGCACUCGCGUAGCGACCGUGACCACAAGUCCGACCGUAAAGAGAAAAGGCGUUGAAAAUAUAGGUUUAAAAAAAAUCUUUUAAGUGUCUGAUGUCUAUCUUGAGAAUGCAAUGAGGCUGGCAGUUGGCAGUCAUAUGCUGGAUGUUGAACUGCAGAAAUUGAGUGGGGAAUUACUGGGGGGGGGUCUAGGACUGUUGAAUGAAGUCUCCCCAUCUCAAAAUGUUUGAUCAAAUAUGGGCUUUUUUUUUUUUUUUUUUUUUUUUUUUUUUUUAUCUCCAUCACCAGAUUUCAGUCUAGCACCUAAUCAUUUUCCUUUUAGGAGUCGUGUGCUUUCAUCUGUAAUUCUUAAAACUUCUUUUUAGUCUGAUUCAUGGCGACGGUUCUGUUUUUUUCUUUCUUCUUUUUUACCCCUCUUCCCCCUUUUUUUAAAUAAACCUCAGUGCAUAUGCUAAGGGAUGAGCCAAGGAGAUGUGUGUCUCAAAGUGAUCUUUCGCUAUUGCGGUGUGGGGCUGGCUGUUUGUCCCAUUUUUGCGCUGUAGAAUAUCGGGCUGCGCUACACAGGUGUACCUCUUUUUUUUUUUUUAGCUAUUUUAGCAAAUGUUGACUCUGUCAGAUCAAAUAAGGGAAGACUGGGUGGGGGGCGGGGGAGUCUUUUAUGAGGUUAGCUUCAUAAAAGGAUGUUUUUUUGUACAAUUGACAGAAAACAAUAAAAAGAGGUUAAUUGAAA